GUUCAUUUCUAAUAAUGAUCGUGACAUUUGGGGGAAGGAUGAUUUUCCUAUGCUUAAUCUUGAUUCUGGUGAAUGCUGGACAAGGACAGGAAUGUACCACGAUAAUAAAGAAUAGGGAGUACUCAUGUUCUGGGAAGAAUUUGACUCAAAUUCCCAGCACUCUUCCCUUCACCGUGACUUCUCUGGAUUUCAGUUUCAAUUUCUUGAGCUCUUUGCAUAAGUGUGUAUUUCCUGUAUUGUUGAAUUUAGAAGUCUUGGAUCUCACAAGAUGCCACAUCAAGCACAUUGAAAAUGAUACUUUCUACAAUGUGAAGAAUUUGAUUACUUUGAUUCUCACAGGAAACCCUAUUACAUACUUUGGACAUGGAUGCUUGGAUUCUGUAAAUAACCUACAAAAACUAUUUCUUGUGGAUGUUGGUCUCUCAUCUUUACAGCUUCAAAUAAAUAAUCUAACCGAGCUGCGGGAGCUUAGAGUCGGGACAAAUAACAUCCAGUCUCUGUCUCUACCUUCAUUCAUGAGCACCUUUAAAAACUUCAGUUUACUUGAUCUACAUGCCAAUAAUAUAUCCAUCAUCAAAUCUGAUGACACUGCUGUGCUGCGAGAGAUCGGCAGAAACAUGACUUUGAUUCUCUCUAGGAAUCCAUUAUUACACAUCGAACCCGGAGCUUUCCAAGGCAUUUAUCUCAAGGAGUUUCACAUACAAUCUGCAUUUGUUUCAUUAGAUGCACAAAAGGAGUGUUUAGAAGCUCUUGCUGGUCUUAGUGUGGAUAAGUUGUUUAUUGGUAGUUACAGAAUGCAAUGGAAAGUCAAGGUGUCAGAUGCGAGUUACCUUGAUGGUCUUUGCUCAGUUAAUUUCAAUGAAAUAUAUUUUGUUCUGAAAGAAUGCUCUGACUCUGAAAUACACUUGUUCCGCUGUAUGAUCAAUGCAACAAAAAUCACAGUGAAAAGAGGAUAUUUCAAAACCAUGGACAAUACUCAAUUUCACCGUCUUAAGGAGCUGUAUUUAGGCCACACUUCACUAUCUGUUGUACCAUAUAUUUCACACAUACCUAGCUUAGAAAAAUUAGUGGUGAAGAAUAAUAUACCCAUGACCUUUAAUGGUAUCAAGGAUUUGCCUCUUCUUCAGUUUGUAGAUUUGAGUGGAAACUUUUUGAUUAUGAAGGACUGCUGUUCCCAAUUUUUUCAUAGGACACCAAAUAUUCGUUACAUGAACCUUAGUCAAAACUCGGAGAUAGGGAUGAUUGAUAAGCCAUUUUCUGGAUUAGACUUGCUUGAAGUAUUGGACCUCCACCGUACAAAACUAAUCCUAGUUUUUUACUUUGGAUUUUUACAUGGUCUGAAAAAUUUAAAGUAUCUGGAUAUUUCUUACACAAGUAUUACUUUCACAAGACAAAUUUUUUUUCAGAACAUGAACAAUCUGACUGUGCUUAAAAUUGCGGGAAACAGUUUUCGUGGAGAUGCAUUGACUUAUCUCUUACAAAAUCUAACAGGCCUGGAGGUUCUUGAUAUCUCACACUGUGGCAUUGAAGAAAUCUCCAGAAGAACUUUUACUGGCACACAGAAAAUACAGCAUUUAUAUUUGAGUCGAAACAAGUUAAUGAUUUUGGAUUUUCUGGCCCAACCAGAACUAAAUCCCCUUACAUCACUUUAUGUCGAUAAAAACAGCAUUGCUAGCAUCCCACUUCAUGUUCUCCAAAAUUUGCCCACAAACCUUUUAGAGUUUGAUCUGUCCUUUAACCCCAUUGAUUGCUCCUGCUCCCAGACAGAUUUUAUUUCAUGGAUUACCCAAAAUCAGAACAUUUUGAAGCAACCGAAAAAUAUUUUCUGCAAAACCUUUUCACCAAGCUCAGAUUUUAGAGCGACAGACUUUGACAUUGACAGCUGUGUGCACAAGAAAAGACUCACAAUUGUUUUAUCGGUAUGUUUUGUUAUAGUAGUAGUUCUUUUAUCACUCUUGGUUUACAGGUUUCAGUUUUAUCUUCAGUAUUGCUGUAUUUUACUGAGAGGCUACAGAUCACCCGGACAGCAAGAAUGUUCCUAUGACGCAUUUGUGAUUUUCUCCAGCUAUGAUGAAGUCUGGGUCAUGAAUGAACUGAUGGAGAAUCUGGAGAACGGUGUUCCACCGAUUCAGCUUUGCCUUCAUAUGCGCGACUUUCAAGCGGGGAAGUCCAUCGCCUCCAACAUUAUCGAUGAAGGGAUAAUGGGCAGUCGAAAAAUCAUUGUGGUCGUGUCUCAACACUUCAUUGAUAGUGCCUGGUGUCGCUUUGAGUUUGAAUUAGCUCAGUCUCGCUUUAUGAUGGAGCGCAAUGCCAACAUCAUCAUCAUCAUUCUGGAAGAUGUGGAAGAGACGAAGACUAAGAAAGUGUUUGGACUUCAUAAGCAUCUGAAAAAGAACACAUAUCUAAAAUGGAGCAGAGACCCUUUGAGUAAAAUGAGAUUCUGGAUACGCCUCAGGAAAGCCAUUUUAGAUCAUUGAUCUAAGCAAAUAUGUACUGUGAAUAUGUGUAAUGUGAAAUCAAAUCAGCUGUUACUUCAAUUUAAACAAAUAAUGUAAAGUGGACUUAUUGCAUUCAGCUGUUCUUGGUAAGCAACUCUCUUGAAAGAAAGGUGAGAAGUGAAAGUUGCAUGUACACAUGAAUAAGUGAGAAUACAGUAUCAACAAAACUACUGUAUAUUAAACACUAUUGUUUUUUUGUGGUCAAAUAAAUUAUAUUCAAACUUCUCAUAAAAGUAUUACUGGAAACAUUGAUGUGUGGAUUUAUUAAGUAGUAUUCUAUAAAUAGCAGUGGAAAAGUUCCUGGUUUAGUGCUUGAUGGCUCUGUAGCUGAGUUUUCAACCUUUGGAGUGUAGUUUGCUCUUUUUCACUUGAUUAUGCAUUAGGAGUUUCACAGCUCUCUGUCUCUGAAAAUAGAUCAUAGCUCAUAUGAAUUAUAAAGAUAUGAAAUAGCUCAUAUGAAAUGUCAAACAAUAUUUAUUAAUUUAUUAUUUUCCCUUUUUUGGCUUUCAGGUGUCAUGCACAUUAUAUUGAUGAUAUGAUGAUACUUAAAGAAUAAUGGGAGGAAUUUACUUUGAUUUUCACCUCACCUGUUACAUAUUUUAGACCUGGAUGCUUGAAUUCUGUAUAAAUGAAACUUCCUCUGAGUUGUGCAAAACAAUUUACUUACAAAGCAUUAACUUUUUUGAAACUGACAUCAUUAAAAAAAAGUACAGCUGAAACCGCAGACCUUUACUUCCCCUUAUGGUUCACCAUCAAUGUUUGCAAUGUUUACGUUACAAAAUUCACACAUUUGCUUUUCUCUUUGUUCUGACAUCAGCUAUCACUUGUGUAUUCAGGAGGUGUUACCCUAACCUGGUAAACUGUUUUUUCACACAUGCUUCACAUUUCUCUAUUUAAUGGAUGUGUCAGUACAGUUUCAUUGAAACUGCUACAUUUUACCGCUUGUCUUUGGAUAAUGCCAAGAGAGUUUAAACACGUCUGGAAACAGUACAGCAAACCAAAGCCGUUACAGCACUCUGGAGAAACCCCGGCGGUCUG